AUGAGUACAGUUAUCCGCCACUUGAAAAACUGGUCAUUUACUCAAAUUGGGGGCGGCGAAGGUACAAAAGAUGAUGAAUGGCUGCAAGCAACUCAAUUUCCGACUACCAUUCAUGUUGAACUCUUGAAAUACAAGAGGAUAUCUGAUCCAUUCAUCGGCCUGCAUGAGUGGGAUGUACAGUGGAUUGGCGAGAGCUCAUGGUCCUUCAAGGCCGUCUUUGAAGUGACUGAAGACGAACUUAUAGCGCCUAACGCUGACCUUGUGUUUGAUGGCCUGGACACUUUUGCCAGCGUGUCUUUGAACGAGAAAAAGAUCCUAUCCGCCGAGAAUCAGUUUACCGCAUACAGAGCGCCUGUGAAGUCUCUUCUGAAAGUAGGCACUAAUGCCUUGGUCCUUGACUUCGAAAGCGCCUUCUGCAAGGGAAGAGAAAUCGAGGGGCAACACGAAAAACUCAACCUGUGGAAUGGUGACUCUAGUCGUCUUCAUGUUCGCAAAGCCCAAUACAAUUACGGGUGGGACUGGGGCCCGACUCUCAUGACCGUCGGACCAUGGAAGCCCGUUUAUCUCCAGACGUACCAAAGUCGAAUAACUGAUCUGGACGUCAGGACGCGUGUUUCAGAAUCCUUAAGUGUCGACCUUUCCGCUAGCUUUACCUUGUCAGAGAAUGUGCCGGGUUUUGCGUCGUUUGUCCUCAAGGCACCCGAUGGUUCCAUUUCAAUAUCCUCAAACAAGAUACCCACCAACACCGGCCGGGGUACCGUAUCAUUUCAGUUCGAGCCAGGAAUCCUGGAGUUAUGGUAUCCCAUAAGAUACGGAAGACAGACGUUGUACACUGCCGAGGUCGAAAUCACUGAUUUGGGGGGAAAUAUUCUUGACCGAAGGGCACAGAAGAUUGCUUGUCGACGCGUUAGAGUGAUACAAGACCCAUUGGCUGAUCAAGAAGGUAGAACCUUCUUGUUCGAAAUUAACAACAUCCGCAUUUUCUGUGGAGGGUCGAACUGGAUUCCGGCCGAUUCUUUCUUAACAACUAUGACGCCUGAGAGAUACAGAGCUUGGCUGCAACUUUUGGUCGAUGGUAAUCAGAACAUGAUUCGCGUUUGGGGAGGAGGCAUCUACGAACACGACUCGUUUUAUGACACAUGCGAUGUCCUUGUUUGGCAAGACUUCAUGUUUGGUUGCGGUCAGUACCCUGCGUACGAUUCUUUCCUUGAGUCUGUAGAGGAGGAAGCAGUACAGAAUGUAAAGAGGCUUCGUCACCAUCCUUCCAUUGUUAUUUUCGCUGGAAACAAUGAGGAUUACCAGAUUGCAGAAUCUCUCAAUUUAGAGCUGGAUUACUCGGACGAGGAAUCUGACUUCCGAAAGACAAACUUUCCUGCGCGCCAUAUUUAUGAGCGUGUAUUGCCUUCCAUUGUGCAACAGUUCUCUGACGUAUACUACCAUCGAUCAUCGCCGUAUAGUGGGUUUGGUAAGGAUACUGGAGACCAGAAGUAUGGGGAUCUCCAUCAGUGGAACGUCUGGCACGGAUCACAAGAGCCAUGGCACAACUGGGACAUCCUUGCCGGCCGCUUCGUAUCAGAAUUUGGCAUGGAAGGUUACCCCGACCUUCGUACGGUUGACUAUUGGCUUGGUGGUGACAAAUCGCAACGCUACCCACAAUCCAGAGUCAAUAGCAAUCAUAACAAGGCGGCAGGAUUUGAAAGACGGCUGGAGCUAUACUUGGUUGAAAACUUUAAACAUUCAUUUGAAAUGGAAAGCUAUGUAUACUAUACACAAGUGAUGCAGGCCGAAACGCUCGCAUCAGCAUAUCGACUCUGGAGGAGAAAUUGGCGUGGUAAGGGAAGGGAAUAUACUUCGGGCGCUCUCGUGUGGCAGAUUAAUGACUGUUGGCCAACAACUUCGUGGGCCAUCGUGGAUUACUUCCUCAGACCCAAGCCAGCAUACUUUACGGUUGCUCGAGAACUGCGGCCUUACACCGUUGGGAUGACCCGUAAGGAAAAAGAAACGUACCCAGACUAUCGGUCAGCUGCCAAGUUUACAAUCGAUACCAUCCUGGAGAUCUGGGGUACAAACAGUACACUUUUUGAAAAGAAGGCGACCCUCGAUGUAACUUCCUUUGAUUUGCAUUCUGAGUGGACCCAUCAUUGGGCCAAGGAGGUGGUAUUGGCGCCGAAUUCAAGCACCGAGCUAUUCCAAGGAGAGGUGCCGGGUGUACACACUAGGAAAAAGUGGAGCGAAGUGCCCAGGGUUAUCAUCGUAUCGGCUCGUCUGCUGGACAAGGUAGGAGAAAUCAUGGCAAGAUACUCGAACUGGCCGGAACCAUUCAAGUUCAUUGAUUUCCCGGCGCUUGAGGAUGUUGGCUUGAAAGCCGAGAUUGCCCAAGACGGUGAAACGAUCACACUAUCGACGAAGAAGCCCGUGAAGGGAAUAGUACUCGACAUCGAUGAUGAGUAUGUGAAAUUUAGUGACCAAGCCAUCGAUCUUGUGCCUGGAGAUCCACAGGUGGUGCGGGCAGUGGGGCUGAAAGGUCGCGCGGUGAAGGCGAGAUUCUUGGGAGACAGUUCGGCGUGA